AUGGAGCUUGAUGGGACUCGGUACGCUCGCUUCAACAAGCGCAUGGCGCACCUGGCGCCGCUCAAGCCCGAGGUGUACACGGUCGAAAUCUACGAGAACCAGCGUCGCAAGGGUUAUGCAUGGCACCGCAAGCACUUGAGCUUUUCCACGGACCCACCGCCGUUCUCGCUGCACGAUGGACGCCCGAGUCUCGCGCGGUUUCCGAAAGACCUUGCCGCGCCCAGCGGGUUUCGGUGGCUCGAUACGUGGAAGCCGUGCACGGCUGGGGUCCCCUGCGAUGCAAAUGGGUGGGUCUUUGGCCCUUCGUUUGACGAUUUGGAAGGACCAGCGACCAGUGGCCGGGCACGAGACGCAGACGUCGUCCGUCGCCGUCGCUGGGCGCGCGUCCUCGUCGCCCACCUCGUGCCGUUCAAGUGGAAGGACAACCGGCUCGGUCUCACCUUACACGAAGCUGUCGCGAGCGACGAUGUGCGUACCGUGUCAAUAGCAGACUCGACAGCCAUGAGUCCGCGCCUGGAUCUUGUUCCUGUGGGCGGCAACGAUGUACCGACUGUCUUGCACGUCCCGAAAGCCGACCUCGGGCUCUGCGCCACCGUCAGCCGCGGCGACGUCGUCUUGCGCAUCGACGGUCGCCCCGUCUUUGGCCUUACGCACGUCGACGUGCUGGCGCAGCUCGAGGCCGCAUCGACACUGACGCUGGCGGCGACGACCCGGAAGGUGCACAUCCUCGCGUGCAACCGCAGUGCGACGACGGCCGGCCUCGCGCCAAACCACCAGCUCGUCGGGCUCAACGAGCGGUCGCUGCACCGCGUGCGCCUGCUCGAUGUUGAGAUCCUACUGCGCAUGGCGCCCAAGCACUCGUGCGUCCUCUACUUCCAGGCGGCGACGGCGCUGCCGCCGGACUUUGUUCAUGUAGCCCCCGGCAUUGUCGGUCUCGAGACCAUCUCCAAGCUCGGCGACGUGAGCUGCCACCAGCGCGGCGUCUGGACCCGUCUCGUCCCCUCGAGCGUCUCGUCCUUGUUUGCGUCGUCUGGCUAG